CGGAGUCGGCAUCGGCUGCAGCGGGAGACUUUGGCGCGAUGUCUCACACCAUCUUGCUGGUACAGCCUACCAAGAGGCCAGAAGGCAGAACUUACGCUGACUAUGAAUCUGUGAAUGAGUGUAUGGAAGGUGUUUGUAAAAUGUAUGAAGAACAUCUGAAGAGAAUGAACCCCAACAGCCCCUCUAUCACAUAUGAUAUCAGUCAGUUGUUUGAUUUUAUUGAUGACCUGGCAGACCUCAGCUGCCUUGUUUACCGAGCUGAUACCCAGACAUACCAGCCUUAUAACAAAGAUUGGAUUAAAGAGAAGAUCUAUGUGCUCCUCCGUCGACAGGCCCAACAGGCUGGGAAAUAG